GCAAAGCAUACGGUAUUACCACAGAAACAUCGACCCACCGUUUAUGGAAACCAUGGCGAGCUCUUCCUCUGCAACUAUUGCGUCGUCCUCUUCUCCUUUCUCCCUUUUGCCUCCAAGAAGAUGCCUUACACCCAGGACCCUCCAGUGUCGUGCUUCCUCCAAGCGUGAUGAUAAUGAUUCGAGCUCCCAAUUUGAUUCGAAGAAGAUCGAAAAUCUUCCGGUUCUCAGCGAUCGUCGGCUCUCCCUUUCCCCUCUUUCCAAGGACGCUGCGAUGGGAUUGGUGCUGAGUGCUGCGGCGGGAAGAGGUUGGACUACAGAUUCAGGUAUGGAAGGACCUUCUGUUCCGGCCGGUGGGAAGGAUAAUAAAUCUGACAAUGGAAACAUAUCCACUUUCCCUUGGUCUCUUUUCACGAAAUCGCCUCGCCGAAGGAUGCUUGUAGCUUUUACUUGUACCAUCUGCGGGCAGAGAACUACGCGCGCUAUCAAUCCUCAUGCUUAUACUGACGGCACUGUUUUUGUUCAGUGUUGCGAAUGCAAUGCGUAUCAUAAGCUUGUGGACAACUUGAACUUGUUUCAGGAGACUAAUUGCUAUCUGAAUUCUAGUUUUAAAUAUAAAGAACACGGAGGGGGUGAUAUGAAAUUUAGGUAUCUGGACAUGGAUAACAAUGAUGAUGACAUAUUUCCAAUUCAAUGAGGUGGAUUGUCUGCUCUUGAAGCAUAUAUUUUCAUCCUGAUAUUAUAGGAUUCAGUUUACAUGCCUUGUAUAUUGUUUAGGUUUUAUAGCUGAUGAUGUCUCAACUUUCUUCUGCCAGGGGGGCUGAGACUUAUUUGUAAUAAUAAUAUGUUUAGUGGCUGAUAGAUUAAAUCAUGUGAUCGUCAAUUGUAUGAUGUACAAUAAAAUAGUUAAAUAUUCUCUCUGCUUUACUACGUGCUGAGAGUACAUUAAUCUU